CCCCACUGCCCAGCUCGCAAUGCGGUAGCUUGCAGGUCACAAGUGUAUGCCCGUUGAGUCGACUUUCUAGGCGCAGGAGAAGCUGCAGGUUGUCAUCUGCUCUGUCACGCCGCUAGUCUCCAAUCCUCACGUUGCCUCGCUGUGUGAUAUGCAGUCGCUGGCUUUGUGUUCUCCUCCGCGCCGUAAACGCCUUGUCGCAGGUGUCGCAGCGUUGUGAGCGGCCUGUGUACGACAACGCCCAGUGACGUGCUACCUCACACCACCAACUCGGAAUAUCACCAUCGCACCUCGCGCAGAACGUCAUGGCCGAAGGCGACCGCCCCGCGCCGGGAGGCAAGAGCAAUACUUCCUCGGCCAGCAUCUCGCGACGCCCCUCUGACUUUGACACCGGCUCUGCUUCUGCGAGCCAGCAUGCGACCGGCACGAGCAGCUCUGAAGCAGCACGUAGACGGCCGCAGAUUUCUUCAGCACAGCCAGCAGGAUAUGGGUCCAUCACAUCUCCCAUCGAUCGCCGACAACAACAAGCGACCACCGACGCGUCGUCCAGCACGUCCAAACCAAAGAAGCCCUCGAUGAGUCGCCGCGCAACAUCAGCUAGGUUCCCCACCAAAGGACAGGAAUUCUCCGUGGACGACGCGCAAGAUGAAAUCGACCGAGAGCUGGCCGAGCAACAAAGGCAACAACAACAACAACAACAACAACAACAACAACAAAAAUCAGCGCGUCAAGUGCCAGGUCAGCCGCUGCGCCGCAAGCCUUCCACGGUGCGGCGUCGAACAACGGCAGCGCAGACGCCUAGCCUAGCAAGGGUCAACUCGUUGGAAGAUGAAAGUGUGGAGCAAACAAAUGCUGCAGCACCUACCGACACUGAGGUGCAACCUGCUUCUUCUGGCGAAGGGACACUGCAGCCGGACGACGACGACGACGACAGCGGCAACGGCGUCGACGAAGAAGUCGAUGACGACGACGGCGGCGAUAUAAGCGACGCGGAGAGCUUUACGCUCAAGGACAGACAAGAGGCCAUCAACGUAACGCAUCCCUUCGGUAUCAGGAUCUGGAAACCAGCUUUGUACAAGAAAGGGCGUUCCGUCCAGAGGAACGCCGAGGAAGAUAUCCAUUCUACGCCGGGCCAUCACGUCAGCCGAUGGUUGGUUUUGUUCAACAUUGCUUGGACCCUCGUGUUUGGGUGGUGGCUCGCUAUCUUCGCGGCUGCGGGUGGUCUGCUUUGUGCCCUGUUCUGGUUUGCCGGUAGCUGUCAGGAGUACUCCCAUCUACUGUUCCAUCUCGCAGCAUACCUCUUCUAUCCGUUCGGAAAGUACGUCAAGUUGCUCCAAGACGAGGCGUACGCCGAAGAAGACGAAGGCGAAGGUCGAAGCAUCAGCGAAUACGAGCAAUGGCAGAGCGGUGACAUAGAAGAAGGACGUCUGUUCUUCGGUCCUAGUGAAGGUGCAGGCUCCCUGAUCGGAAGGCGAAGAAACAGUAACGAUUCUGCGAAUGAGACUACCAGCUUACUUGGGCGGGAUGGUCGCGCGAACCUCACUCAUACCGACACCGCCAGGACCAAGAGGAGGCUCUUUGGUCGUGGCAAGUGGAAUGUUGGACGGGUUAUCUUCUUCGUCUUCUUCUACGGUGUCUUCUCACCUGUGCUCUUUCUCGUCUCCGGCCUCUGUUGGUUCUUUGUGUUCACAAUUCCUAUGGGCAAAGUCACGCUUUUGCUGUUUGACCAUCUCCGCCGACACCCUCUCGCGCUUUCGUUCCACUCUGAUAGUGGCAGUGUACGCCGCCAGGGCGAGUCUUCUUCCAUUCUUCUGUGCACGUACCGCGCGGUAGGCACCAAGUAUUGGAAGUAUACCAUCGACGGCACCAACAUCUUCCUUAUCAACCUCCUGGGCCUCGUAGCAUUUGUCAUCUUCGAUUACUUUGUUCUUCAUGAAAUGCUGGAACUGAAGAACGCUUUCACGGACACAUUCUUCCUCUUCGCUAUGGCUCUUCUGUCAAUCAUCCCGUUGGCCUAUUUCAUCGGGCAGGCUGUUGCGUCCAUUUCUGCCCAGUCUUCCAUGGGAGUCGGUGCGACUAUCAACGCUUUCUUCUCUACGGUUGUAGAGGUCUUCCUGUACUGCGUAGCCUUGAAUCAGAACAAAGCACAGCUCGUCGAAGGCAGCAUCAUCGGCAGCAUCUUUGCUGGUAUACUGUUCCUUCCCGGAUUGUCCAUGUGCUUUGGUGCUCUGAAGAGGAAAACGCAGCGUUUCAAUGUCAAGUCCGCCGGUGUGACAUCGACGAUGUUGUUGUUCGCCGUCAUUGCUGCUUUCGGACCGACGCUUUUCUAUCAGAUCUACGGCAGCCAUGAGCUGGUAUGCGCCUCGUGUGUUCACCGCAGCCAUGGUUUAGAUAGGGAGCAGGACUGCAGAAGGUGCUACUACUCGCAGACGCCAGCGGUGGACAAUGAGUUCUAUACCGAGGCCGUUCAGCCGUAUACUUGGAUCGCGGCUGCACUCCUCUUCCUAUCCUACGUCAUCGGCUUGCUAUUCACGCUCCGAACUCACGCUGCCACGAUCUGGAGUACGGAGGCUGACGAGAAGAAAGCAGCAGAUAUGUCUGUCAGCCAGCUCAGCAACAGCGGACAUCUCGAAUUCCCAAGCUCUCUCAGCAGACAAGCGACGAGCAACUCGGUGGCACGCGCUGAUAUUAGAAAUAGCCAGCUGUACAAGCGCAUCGUGGGCCAGACACUUCAGCAGGUGGGGUAUGGAACCGAAGAAGAGCAGAAUGCAAAAAGACCUGGCUCGCGGGCCGACGGUCAGACAACACCUCACGUUGUGCCGCCCAAGGAUGGCGAACAAAGAACUGCUUCCGCGAAUUUCCAUCUUGAGGGGCUGUCGGAACAUGACAACGAGUCUCUAGUACGGCAAAUUACCGAGAUUGCCGCACAUACCACGGCGCUGGCAACGAGGGAUGUCGUUAAGGCUCCGCGCAAAGCUGCUCAUAUGGCUACGACGCCAGCAAAGGACAGGCCGCACCAUCACCGGACUGGCACAUUUGAAGCAGCUGUCGGAGCCGUCGAAGAACCUGCUGCAGUCCAUGCAGCGGGUGGGCAUGAUGCUCCCAACUGGAGUCGGACGAAGAGUUCCGCAAUCCUUCUGACUGCUACGAUUGCGUAUGCUAUCAUUGCUGAGAUUCUCGUCAACACUGUUGACGUGGUUCUCGAGGGUUCCAACAUCGACGAAAAGUUCCUGGGCAUCACGUUGUUUGCAUUGGUACCUAACACAACUGAGUUCUUGAACGCCAUUUCAUUCGCUAUGAACGGCAACAUUGCGCUUUCCAUGGAGAUUGGCUCCGCCUACGCUCUACAGGUUCUUCUUUUGCAGAUUCCGGCGCUUGUCUUCUACAGUGCAUGGCACAACCGCGGCUUCGAUCCCGCCAAAGUUGUUGACCAAACUUUCACCCUAAUCUUCCCGCAAUGGGACAUGGUCACAGUCAUCCUCUGCGUGUUCCUCCUCUCCUACAUGUACGGUGAGGGCAAAAGCAACUACUUCAAAGGCUCCAUCCUCAUUCUUUCCUACCUGGUGGUCAUCGUCGGCUUCUUCCUGUCUGGAUUCAACGAUUUCGACAGGAUGGGCGUCGAUCCCAAGGACACACUGGCUCUGGGUGCCCAGUUACAGUCAAUGAAGUUUACGACUUAUGGUGGCGGUCUUGGAGGGGGACGCGGCGGGCGUGCUUUUUAGUGAGCGCGACUACCGCUUUUUCACUUUUUCGAUGUCAACUUUGUUUUCCGAAAGCGUUGCAUUAACCAGAAUAGAUAGUGCGGAUCGAGCUGUGGUUCGACGCGGUAGAUAAUUACUUUACUUCGAUUUGGGCAUGUCAAGGAUGGGCUGAAUUGCAUUUGGCAAUGCAUAGCAAUGGCGUCUAGAGUUUGAUCUAGGGUCGAAGCAUAAUACCAAAGUUUUUCAUGACAUU